AUGGAGAAAGCAAAAGGCAAAAAGAAAGAAAGAAAAUGUAAAGAGGCUUUGAGACUUUCCAGUGUCAAGGGAACCCGAGUACUCUGUUCAGAAAAGAAGGCACAAGGCGAUGGAAAAGUAAGACUUCGGAAGAAAAUCCCAGUUCCUCCAUUACCUUCUAAAUUGCCACCAGCCAACGUGCUUCACCGAGACAUCCUGCGGGCCUGGUGCCAACAACUAAAGCUGAGCACCAAAGGCCAGAAACUAGAUGUAUAUAAGAGAAUCUGUGAAUAUGCUUACCCCGAUCAGAAGAACAUUCCUGUCACCGCAGAGGAGGCCAAGAUUCUCACACAGUCACAAAGAAGAUCAAAGACGGACCAGGGGGAAAUGUCUCUGGAAAGUUCUGGGAAAAGGAUAUCUUCUGAUGGAACGUACCUUCCUGAAGUGGCUGUUUCCCCUGAGGGUGGGGCCCCUGCCCAUGUUGGGUCUGAUGCUCUCCUGGAGGGAGUCGAUACUGUUGUUGUGACAACUUCGGCCCCAGAUGCUGUGUUUGCCUCCUGGUCCAGAAUUGCAGCCAGGGCUGGGAAGGUGGAGACAGUGGAAUCGCCCCAGGAGGCCCAUGGUGUCAGGUGGUGUGUGGUCCAUGGGAGAAGUCUGCCUGCAGACACAGAAGGUUGGGUUCACCUGCAAUUUCAUGCAGGACAAGCCUGGGUGCCUGAAAAACGAGGGAGAGUAUGUGCCCUGUUCUUGCUGCCGGCCUGCAAUUUUCCACCCCCACACCUGGAGGACAAUAUGCUGUGCCCCAAAUGUGUUCGAAGGAAUAAGGUGUUAAUGAAAAGCCUCCAAUGA